UUUCAUUUCUCCCUCAUCACACCAUUUCCAUUUUUCUUCUCUCUACACUGUUCUGAAAUCUUUUGCCAACGUUGCUGUGCAUUGUUGUCAAGUCUUUUUCUAAUUUCUCUCUUCUGAUAUUCUCUUAUGGAAGAUAUGAAGUUGAGUAAGAAACGAGUUCGGGAUGAGGCGGAGGAGUCCGAGUCGGAUAUCGACUCGCCGGAGGUGAAGCGGCUGAGGGAGAAUCUGCUGGAUAGUUUGGACGAUGAUGCAGAGUUCUGCACUUCCACCCAGGAUCUCGACUCCUUCAUGAAGAGUUUCCAGGAGGAGAUCGCCGCUUCGACGUCCGCCGGCGACGGAGGUGCGGUUGAUGUAGGGGCGGAUCGCGGCGAGUCUCGGCCGGAGUUAGGGUACUUGUUGGAGGCGUCUGAUGACGAGCUCGGGCUUCCUCCUCCGACCUCAUCUCCCGGUGGGAUGAAGAAUGAGUUGACUGAGUUGGAUCGGUUUGAGUCCGACGCGUCUGAGUUCGGACGCGAGUUCUGGGAGUUUUCGGGUUAUGAAUCAUUCGGAUUGGGGUUGGGUGCGGCGGAUAACGCGAACAGUGAAUACGUGGCAUUAGACGGAUUGUUUGACUAUGCGGAUCUGGGUGUCGGGUCGGGGGAUUUAGCAUGGAGACCCGAAACGCUGCCGGCUCAGUAGGGCGGACUUUUUAUGCUCCACCUACAACCUAUAUAUGCUACUGUUAGGGAGCUUAGGGUUAGGCAAAGAAUAUUGUUAAUAUAAUCACUUUAUUUAAUUUCUUUUUUCUUUGAUAUAUCUAAUGAUAGUUGAAAAAGUAAGUUAAAAGUAUACCCAGAUCUAGAGACUUACACGGAUCAUUUGCUCUAACUCUGAUGGUCUCAAUUUUCGCGUAUGAAAGAUAUUUUUCCCUUCUCUUA